AUGGCGGCCUUGCGCGCCACAGCGGGCGCCGCCUUCACCACGGCGCCCUCGGCGGCAGACCCGCACCGCUACCAGACGGGCUUCGGCAACCGCUUCGCCUCCGAGGCCGUCCCGGGUGUCCUGCCCGUCGGCCGCAACGUCCCGCAGAAGGUCAAGUACGGCCUGUACUCGGAGCAGCUCAACGGCGCCGCCGUCGUGUCGCCCCGCGAGGCCAUCCAGCACGUGUGGAUGUAUCGCGUGCGGCCCUCGGUCGCCCACGGCCGCGUCUCCCCGGCCCCGGACCUGAACCCUCACAUCGAGUCGUGCUUCUCGAGAGCAAACGACAAGGUCGAGUUCGUGGCGUCGCAGGAGGCCUGGGACCCCUUCCCCCUGCUGGAACCCCACGAUGAAGCCGCCGCGGCCGGCAGCGGUGUCGGCGGCGUCGACUUCGUGGCCGGCAUCCGCACCAUCGGCGGGCAGGGCGACCCGACGCUGCGCCAGGGCCUCGCCGUCCACGUCUACUCGGCCAACGCCUCCAUGGCGAACCGCGCCUUCUGCAACAACGACGGCGACAUGCUGGUCCUGCCCCAGCACGGCCGCCUGCACGUCCAGACGGAGCUGGGCUGGCUCAUGGUGCGCCCCGGCGAGCUGCUCGUCGUCCAGGCCGGCCUCCGCUUCCGCGUCCUGCUGCCCGACGGGCCCUCGCGCGGCUACAUCCAGGAGGUCUUCGGCGCGCACUACCGCCUCCCCGAGCUGGGCCCCGUGGGCUCCAACGGCAUGGCCCUGCCGCGCGACUUUGAGCACCCCGUCGCCAGCUUCGACGUCGACGAGACGCCCUGGGACGUCGUCUACAAGCUUGCCGGGGGGCUGCACUCGUGCCGCCAGGGCCACACGCCGUUCGACGUCGUGGCCUGGCACGGCAACCUCGCGCCCUACAAGUACGCCCUCGACCGCUUCGUCAACCUCGCCAACGCGAACCACGACCAGGCCGACCCGACCGUGUACUGCGUGCUGACGGCCGGCGGCGGCGGCAUCGGCGACUCAGGAUCGCUGACGGACGUGCUCAUCUUCACCAAAAAGUGGCUCACGGCCGAGGACACGUUCCGCCCGCCGUACUACCACCGCAACAUGAGCACCGAGGUCAUGGGCCUGAUCCAGGGCCGGUACGGCGGCAGCAGCCACGUGCUGGCCGGCGGCGGGCUGAGCUACGAGGCGAGCUACAUGCCGCACGGCGAGACGUACGCGACGUGGCGCGAGGCCUCGACGCGGGAGCUGCGCCCCGAGCGCGUGUGCGACGACGCCACGGCCUUUAUGUUCCACAUCGGCGCGCCGCUCUACCUGACGCGCUGGGCGCUGCGCGGCGAGGGCGCUGCCGCGCUGCACGCCGGCGAGGAGGAGGACGCCCAGUGGGAUGACGUGAGGGCGCACUUCCUCGAUCACCUCGACGAGGUGGACGCCGACCUGCGCGCUGCGGGGCUGCCGUCGCUGGGGCGCGAGGGCAAUGGCGAGCUGAACUGA